GGUUUGUGAAGCAUGUAAAUAAAUGCUGAUGCUGAAGAGAGGAGUGGAAAGAGGAAAGUUGAAUUGGCGAGGUAGGCACGGAAAAGGCACCGAGAAUACCCAACAACAACUUCACCCCGCAAUAUGACAGACAACAAUGCUCUUCCCUCCAUUCCCUCCAUGAACAACCACCUCAAUCUUCAUGCCACGGCAAACCCUCUCUGACCCAGCAUUCGCAAAAUACAUCCUCUCCCAAACCGCCUGUCCCGUCCUCAGUCCUCAUCCAUACCUCACUCCUCCGCCAUCCACGACCAGCAACCUCCACAACCUCCACAGCCUCCACCACGAUGUCCUUCACAACACCACCGCCUCCCAUCCUCGACUCCCAAAUCUCCUUCCCCACCCCCUCCAUCCUCCUCAUCACCCUCAACCGCCCCAAAGACCUAAACUGCAUCAACACCCUCGGCCACCACCAACUCGACGCCCUCCUCCGCUGGUACGACCGCGAGCCCGCCCUCCUCUGCGCAAUCCUCACCGGCACCGGCCGCGCCUUCUGCGCCGGCGCCGACCUCAAAGAAUGGAACCGCGCGAACGCCGAAUCGAAAUCUCGUCCCCAACCCUCGUCCGGCUUCGGCGGCCUGAGUCGGCGCAACGGCAAGAAACCGGUCAUUUGCGCGGUGAACGGGAUUUGCUUUGGAGGCGGAUGCGAGAUGAUCAUUAAUGCCGAUAUGGUGAUCGCGGACCAGGGCGCGCAGUUCGCGUUGCCGGAGGUGAAGAUUGGGGUUGUGGCGCUGGCGGGCGCGUUGACGCGGUUGACGCGGACGGUCGGGAGGCAGAGGGCCAUGGAGAUGGCGUUGACGGGACGGACGGUGAGCGCGGAAGAGGCGAGGGAGUGGGGGAUUGUGAAUAAGGUUGUGGAGAAGGGGAGGUGUGUCGAGGAGGCGAUCAGGAUGGCGGGGUUGGUUGCGGCGAAUAGUCCGGAUAGUGUUAUUGUGAGUCGGGAGGGGGUGAAGAUGGGGUGGGAAGGGGUGGGGGCGGAAGAGGGGACGAGGUUGGUGAUAGAGAAUUGGUAUAGUAGGAUGGAUGGGGGUGAGAAUAUGAAGGAGGGGGUGAGGAGUUUUGUUGAGAAGAGGAAACCAAGGUGGGUGCCUAGUAAAUUGUGA